UAAGUCGAAAUGAAAGCAUUAUCCUCUCUUAUUCUCAAAGAAAAAAGAAAGCUAAAUCGUUGUUCUCUAGCCAACUUCUCAAUGGCAUAUUCAUUCUCUGCCAAAGCAAUGGAGUCUUUAACCAGAAGAAAAGCUCGACCAACCAUCUUCUUCAUCCUGUGUCUCCUCAUUAUUUUUAAGCUCGUAACUACAUUCAAUUCAGCUCAAGUAGACAAUAAAAUGAUUUCUAAUGUUCCAAGGAAGUUGCUGGGACGAGUGCCAGAAAUAAAGUAUCCAAUCCGUUCGCCACGUUCAAAUUGGUUGCACCGUAAUUUUGCCCCUGAAGAGCCUGGUCUUCCUCCUAUAACAUUCCGCAUUCCUGCUCCUCCUCCUCCUCCUCCUAGGCCCCUACUGCACCAUGUCUUUCCUUGGUACUAAAAGAUGUGAUUCAGUCUCCGUUUGUAAACUCUUCGGAUGCUUCAAGAAAAUUAUUUUUAUUUUCCUUCUUGUAAAGCACUACUUAUUAGUGAAAAGGAUGAUGAUAAAGCUCCACUGACCCUUCUGAAAAUCUAUAUGUUUUCAUUAUAUGUUAAAAGUAUAAAGUUGACAUUUAAUGAACUAAGCACUGGUGGAACCAACACAGGUCACAGGCCAAUUAGGUUAGACAUAUCCUAUAUUUUAGGUAGGAAAUGGAGAAAAUAUGAAGAAGAAAGCUAAUCGGGAUUAUUUUGGAUUCUGAGUUUCUGACAGAGAUACUGCAUUUCUUCACCGAAAAUGUUUCCCAAAAGAAAAGAAUAAAGAGCUAUAACAUAAAUUACACCAACCAGGAGCACCAAAAUAAGUUGUUGCAGCCUAUGCUGCUUGACACUUUCAAGAUCAUCUUAUGUUAUU